AUGAGUUCCUAUUUCGUGAACUCCACCUUCCCCGUCACUCUGGCCAGCGGGCAGGAGUCCUUCCUGGGCCAGCUACCGCUCUACUCGUCGGGCUAUGCGGACCCGCUGCGGCACUACCCCGCGCCCUACGGGCCGGGGCCCGGCCAGGACAAGGGCUUUGCCACUUCCUCCUAUUACCCGCCGGCCGGCGGUGGCUACCGAGCGGCGCCCUGCGACUACGGGCCGGCGCCGGCCUUCUACCGCGAGAAGGAGUCGGCCUGCGCGCUCUCGGGCGCCGACGAGCCGCCCCCGUUCCACCCGGAGCCGCGGAAGUCUGACUGCGCGCAGGACAAGAGCGUGUUCGGCGAGGCGGAGGAGCAGAAGUGCUCCACCCCGGUCUACCCCUGGAUGCAGCGGAUGAAUUCGUGCAACAGUUCCUCCUUUGGGCCCAGUGGCCGGCGAGGCCGCCAGACCUACACGCGCUACCAGACGCUGGAGCUGGAGAAGGAGUUUCACUACAACCGCUACCUGACCCGGCGGCGGCGCAUCGAGAUCGCCCACGCCCUGUGCCUGACCGAGCGGCAGAUCAAGAUCUGGUUCCAGAACCGGCGCAUGAAGUGGAAAAAGGAGAGCAAACUGCUCAGCGCGUCUCAGCUCAGUCCCGAGGAGGAGGAAGAAAAACCAGCCGAGUGA